AUGUCGUCGAUUUCCCUCUUCCGUAUCGCCACCCGCGCCGUGCGCCCUUCCGGCUUCAUCAGAACUCCUCAAUUGCCCCGGUCCCGCGUGCAGGCCCCGAUCGCUCUCGCUAUCAACCGUCCCAGCUUCAGCACCACCACCCAGCGUCGCUCCGGCCACGAGGACGAGACGUACGAGGAAUUCUCUGCUAGAUUCGAGAAGGAAUUCGACGGUGUGCAGGAUGUUUUCGAGCUCCAGCGGAAUCUGAACAACUGCUUCGCCUACGAUCUCGUCCCUUCCAUUGAGGUCCUCUCCGCCGCCCUCAAGGCUGCCCGCCGCGUCAACGACUUCCCUACCGCUGUUCGCAUCUUCGAAGGUGUCAAGGCCAAGGUCGAGACCCAGGAACAGUACAAGCAAUACCUCGAGAACCUCGAGAGCCUGCGCCUGGAACUCGGCGUCGCUCUCCGCGAGGAGCUCUACCCCGAGGAGGCCUAA